AUGAGCAAGCACACUCACACUGCACCGCGGACGUCUGAUGGUGGAGCCCGCGCCCAAGCCUGCGCGCAGACGGAGUUCAAGGUUGCAGACUGGACCACCUCAGACCGUUCGUUCACUGCGUCCAGACCGCCGUCCACGGUCCGCAGAUUCCACGCACCUCACACACACCCGACUCACUAUGUACACUCAGCCCAGCUUGCUUGGAGCACAUCGCAGCCCAGCCCAGCGCGACGUUGGACGCUGGCGUCGCCGAACCAGGGACGGUCCCGUCACCGUCAGUUCAGGUCAAGUCAAAUUGGGCCGGGACCAUCUGCGCCAGCAACCACCUUCAAACCAAUACACCUCACACUUCAGAGGUAG